GGUCGCAAAGCAGUGGCUGACUCGGCUCUGGUGGAUCAUGGCGCGGUCGUACGCCACCUGUACAGACUUUUGGAUGCUGGACUUGCGGCCCUCCAUUAUGCAAUCAGCCCGCCAUUUUGACCCGGGAGCAGAAAUACACUGUAGACAGGAUGGUUGAGGCUCAUCGCCAGUUUAGGGAGCAAGACAGCAGCAGUUACAGGGUCUCUGAAUGGCAGUGUGCUCUGGAGGGGGCGGGGCUGCCUGAUGUUUUAUCCCCACACCUAAACAGACUGCUGCAGUUUGCAAGAACAGUACCAGGUUUUGAUCUCCUGGAUUUCUCCGACCAGAUGGCCCUCCUGUCCGUUUCCUCUCUGGAGGUCAUGUUUCUGCUCUCUGCCCAGCAGUUCUCCAAUAACCCUGCAAGCCCCACUCCAGUUUUGCAGCUUUUCACCACUUCCUCGCAUGGCUAG